AAGCUUCAACUUCAACUAGGACUAUGCGCCUUUCACGUCUGGGAGUCCUCUCGGGUCUCCUCUCUCUUUCCUGGGCUGGCGCAACCGUCCAAAAACCCGGACUAGUCGUCCCUCCCGUCUAUGCGGGCCGACUUAACGACACGAAGGCCCUGUUCGUCGAAAGCUACGAGGCGUACCGCAAGUAUGCCUGGGGACACGACGACCUAGCGCCGUUGAGCAAGGGAUUCGUGGACAGUCGUAAUGGCUGGGGCUCGUCGGUCGUUGAUGCCAUGUCUACCAUGGUAAGCAAUAACUAUGCAUGUUCGGAAGACGGUUUCAAGCCAUCAUGCGAAGGUCAUCAUGGGAUUAGACGUACGUCCUCGCUAACACCCAUGCGUCCUCUCUUUGAUGCGUCUCCCCACGAACUGCAGGAAUACAUUGAAGAAGCUGUCAACUACACCAGCAUGAUCGACUUUACCCAGUCCCGUAUCCCGGGUGCUGUCAGCGUGUUCGAGACCACGAUCCGAUACCUCGGCGGCUUAUUAUCGUCGUACGAACUCAGUGGCAAGAAGUACCAAGUGCUCGUAGACAAGGCUAGGGAGGUGGCGGACAAGAUGGCCUUUGCCUGGGUCGGGGACAGCGUCAUUCCCUUCGGAUUCGUCGACUUCGAUUCCAACACCCCACUCUAUUUCACGUCCAACAUUGCCGAGGCUGGGACCCUGAGCCUAGAGUGGUACCUGCUCAGCAAGUAUACGAAGAACACCACAUAUGCGGAUUUGUCUGUUGCACCCGUCAUCCAUAUCGCGAAUCUGCCCUCUCCUCUUCCUGGUUUAGCUGCUCAAGGCAUCAACCCGGUCACUGGUGAAUUUAUCGGUGGAUAUGUGACUUGGGGCGCCGCCAGCGACUCGUACUUCGAAUACCUCGUCAAGUACGCUCGCUUAACCAACACCGACAAUUCAAUCUUCAUCAACACUUGGAAGGCAUGUCUCACUGGCGAGAACCGUUUUCUGGCUAAAUGUUGCGUCAGACCGCCGUUGACUCUUCGAUCAGGACUUUGCUCAAAAAAUCGACGGUCGGAAACUUUACGUAUCUCGCCGAUUACGACGACGGCAAGAUUCGGCCUAUCAGCUCGUAUGUCCCCGGGUCAUGUCUACGCUGUCGCAGAGAUGGAGCUGAACGUUCUCGAGUCACUUGGCUUGUUUCCAUGCCGGGAACUGGCUGCUGGGUUCCAUUACACAGGCGGUCGAUUGCUGAACAACCAGACGAUUGUAGACAUCGCAUUGGAGCUGAAUGAGGGCUGCUGGAACUCUUAUGCAAGCACAGCGACUGGUAUCGGGCCAGAAGCUUUUGCAUUCAUCAGCACCGACAGCAAUGCCACCGACGGCAGCGUGUCAGAGGACCAGCUCAAAUUCUAUUCUGAGCAUGGCUUCUACAUCACCAACAGCAAAUAUGUGAUGCGGCCCGAAGUGCUUGAAUCGAACUUCCAUGCCUGGCGCGUGACGGGGGACACCAAAUAUCUCGACCGCGCAGGCGACGCGAUCGACUCGUUUUUCAAAUAUCUCCCCGCGCCCGUCGCCUAUGGUCCGCUCGUGGACGUCAACAACGCAACUGGUGGCCUGAUCGAUGACAUGGAGUCGUUCUGGUUCGCAGAAGUGCUCAAGUAUCUAUACUUGACCUUCGACGAUCCCGACAACAUCAGUCUGGAUAAGUAUGUAUUCAACACCGAGUGCCAGCCGUUCGAGGCGCCUCCCGCGCUCAAGUCGUAUGACACGCCGGGAAGACUGACUUUCGUGGCCCAACAAUCUUAAGUAACUUCGUCGCGGUAUAUGUCGAAUACUGGGAUGAUUCUAUCUACCCUGAGAUAAGAUAAGGACUAGUUCCCGAUAUGGAACGGCUACGUCACUUGGUAUUCCUCCACCAAUAUCCAACGAAAACGACACACGAUGUCCCAGAUGUGUCAAGACGAAGCUUGCGCACUCCAAUCCUGCUUGAACAAAAACACGUACAAGCCAGAGAAAUGUGACGAGCAUCUACGGGCGUUAUAUAUGUGCUGCCAGACAAUGUACGAUGCAAACGAAAAGGCGGAAAGCACCGCAUGUCCAAUCCCCUCUGUAGUCAAGAGAUGGAUCAAGGACCACCCCAAGAAACCCUAGCGCUACACGAGUCUGUCGACUGUUUUCUCCUGGAAUGUGCCAUUACGAACGAUUUGAAUAUUAGUACAAUGGUAUACUGGGGGCUAGAGAAUGAUGACAAGCAGCAAGAGCACUGCAAGAAUUAUGAUCAGGAAGAUGAUACAGUAUCCACUGCCCUUUUCCUCGGACUGCCUCAUGAACCGCUUCAUGCGGUUCAUCGCAUCGUCAAGUUUUGAGUCGGUCCGGUCCACGCCACGUUCGAGAUCGUCUAGCAUUCUACGAAGAGUCAGCGAUACUCGGGGGAUGACAACAAGCUGGGACGCACUCGUUGUGUUCGAGAAUCUCCUGGCCCAUGAACCCAGCCUGUUGCGCCAGC